AUGAAUAACUUAAAAAGAGUGAUUCCAGGAGGACUAAGACAAGGAUAAAAUAAAAUCAUAAACUAUAUCAGAUUUGCCUAACAUUUUGGCACCCAUUGGUAUGGCCUUGGCAAUUAAACAAGAUGGGUAGUAUACAAUAUCAAUAAUGGAUUCUCAAACUUCUUACAUUAGAACAUUUAACACACAUGUCUAAUGGAAAACAACUUCAAAAAGUGCGUAAUCGACCAAAAUGGUGAUUUUAAGUUCAUCAUCAUAGAAUUAACAGAUAUUAACACACAGGAAAAGAUUCUACUUCUAAGAGGCAGUAGGUAACACGAGAUGCACAAAGAUAUACUAGCAGAAUUCAUCGCUGCUGAGAUGAAAGAUGACGAUGAUUAUCAGCACGUUGUCUGUCGAGGAGGAGGCAGAAUAAGCAUCGAUUAAGAACAAAUCAAAAUCUAUGGCUUCUCCUACGCAUUUGGAAAAGCUGAUCAUUAAAAGGCUGCUGACAUUGUCAGAGAUUCCUAUCCUUAGUUCAAAAAUUUGAUUUGGAGUGUGGAUGAAGAUAACAAUCUAUGA